GAAGACAUUGAAAGCACUUCCGAUCUGUUUCUCUUGUCGGUCUGUCUUAUCUUUGUCUCUCUGUAUUCUUUCUUUCCUCAGCCGCAGAACAAAUGUCGGACUCUCUAUAAAUUUUCCUACACUUUCUCUUCAUCUUUCAUUCUUAAUUUCCUUAAACUACAAACACGUAAUUUUUCACACGAACAAAAACAUGGGAGGUUGCGCUACCAAGCCCAAGGUGUUGGGGGAAUCCAAGGAAGCUCAAGCUCCGGUUCCGGCUCCGGCUCCGGCGCCCGCGGCAGCAGUAUCUGACCCCAAGGAUGUCGUUGUGCUUGAAGGAGAUGGUAGUGGUGACGAUCGUGUUCAAGAAGGUGAUAAAGUCAAGGAAAUAGUUGAGGAUGACAAGGUUGAUGAGCAUGGAAACAAGCGACGAUCUCUCAGUCAUCUCUUCAAAGAGAAUGAAGAGAAGUCCAAAGAGACUAAUACAAGUGCUUCAGAACCCUUAAAAGAAGAGGUAGUAGACAUUGAAAAAGCUAUUCCAUCACAAAAAAAAGUUAAAAAAUCAACAGAAGUUGUUGAUUCUGAAGAGAAGCUUUCAGAGCCAUCAACGAAAUCUCAAGUUAAUACCAUAGCUCAUAAGACUUCAACCACGCUUGAAUUCGUGGAUGCCCUCGAGAAAAUUGAAUCAGAGAAAGUAGUCGAAGUUACAUCUUCAUCACAAACACAGAACCAGGAGGACAAGAAAACAUAAGAAUAAGAUAAAUGAAGAAUUGUUAUUAUAUAUCACAUCAUACUACAUAUAUAUAAUAAAAAGGAAAAACUUUGGGGUAGAUAUAUACAUAGGAGGGAUGUCAAUGCUUGUUAUCAUUAAACUAUCUGCAUUUUGUGUCAUUUAAUUACUCUUUCUUGAAACUUAUAUUUUUUUAGUUUUUUUUUUAAUUGGAUUGA